AGGGAGGGAGCCAAAGCAGGAAGGAAGGAAGGAAGGAAGGAGGGCAGAAGGAAAGGAAAGGGAGCCAGGCUGUGAAUGCUAACAAGCCGUCGUGGUCGCGUAGCUCUAGAGGUGGAGAAAUCCACAAGAAAUCCAGCUAUGGAGAACAACGACGACCACUAUUAACACCUACUAUGCGCCAGUGCAGUGAUCGCCCACUGCGCACCGAACCACCGGCCGUCUGAACGCUGCAGAAACCCUCUUUUUACGCGGAGUGAAAUGCGUCGCGGCUGCAGGGGACUGAGCUUCUGACAAUGGAGAUUGAAAAUAUCGUGGCCAACACGGUUCUCCUCAAGGCCAGAGAAGGUGGAGGAGGCAAGCGUAACGGGCGGAGCAAGAAAUGGAAGGAGAUGUUGAAGCUGCCUCACAUCAGUCUGUGUGAAGAACUCCGUCGCUCCAUCGAGAGGGACUACACCAGCCUCUGUGAGCGUCAGACCAUCGGCCGCCUGCUUUUCCGUCAGUACUGCGACACGCGGCCGGAGCUCAAGAGAUGCAUCGAGUUCAUGGACGCCUCGGCGGUGUACCAGCUGGCUCCUGACGAGAAGAGGCGGGGCUACGGCCUGAACGUGUUGGACACCUACUUCACCAACGGGUCUGCAGCCCACCUCCCAGAGAUUCCUCAGGAAUUGGUGGCCGGCUGUCGGGAAAAGCUGGAGCAGAGCCACUGCAAGGAGCUGUUCAACGACUGCACCAAGAUCGUUCGAGAGUAUCUGAGUGGAGCUCCCUUCUCUGCCUACCAGGAGACUAUGUACUUCUCCCGCUUUCUGCAGUGGAAGUGGCUGGAGAGGCAACCAGUAACCAAAAAUACCUUCAGACAUUACAGAGUACUAGGAAAAGGUGGAUUUGGCGAGGUGUGUGCCUGUCAGGUGCGGGCCACCGGUAAGAUGUACGCCUGUAAAAAGCUGGAAAAGAAACGCGUGAAGAAAAGAAAAGGUGAAGCCAUGGCACUAAACGAAAAACGCAUUUUAGAAAAAGUUAACAGUAGUUUUGUAGUGAGCCUGGCCUACGCCUACGAGACGAAGGACGCGCUGUGCCUGGUGCUGACCAUCAUGAACGGCGGAGACCUCAAGUUCCACAUCUACAACAUGGGCAACUCGGGCUUCGACGAGCAGCGCGCCAUCUUCUACGCCGCCGAGAUCUGCUGCGGCCUGGAGGACCUGCACCGCGAGCGGAUCGUCUACAGGGAUCUGAAGCCCGAGAACAUCCUCCUAGACGACCGCGGGCACAUCCGGAUCUCUGACCUGGGCCUGGCGGUCCAGAUCCCAGACGGGGAGACGAUACGGGGGAGAGUGGGAACGGUCGGCUACAUGGCUCCGGAGGUGAUCCAGAAUGAGAGCUACACCUUCAGCCCUGACUGGUGGGGUCUGGGCUGCCUGGUCUUCGAGAUGAUCCAGGGUCAGUCGCCGUUCCGCAAGCGCAAGGAGCGCGUGAAGCGCGAGGAGGUGGACCGCCGCGUCCGGGAGGACCAGGAGGAGUACUCCGACAAGUUCUCUGAGGAGGCCAAGGACAUCUGCAGACAGCUGCUGGCCAAGGACCCGAAGGAGCGCCUAGGGUGCCAGGGGCGCGGGGCGGUGGAGGUGAAGCAGCACCCCAUCCUCCGCAACAUCAACUUCAAACGGCUGGAGGCCAACAUGCUGGACCCGCCCUUCAGCCCGGACCCGCGGGCCGUGUACUGCAAAGACGUGUUGGACAUCGAGCAGUUCUCCACGGUGAAAGGCGUCAACAUUGACCCCACCGACGAUGACUUCUACCACAAGUUUGUGACAGGGAGUGUCUCCAUCCCCUGGCAGAACGAGAUGAUCGAGAUGGAGUGCUUCAAGGAGAUCAACGUGUACGAGACGGACGGGACGCUCUGCUCCGACCUGGACGUGAACCGCCCCAACCCGCCGCCGAAGCGAGGCUUCUUCUACCGCCUUUUCAGAAGACAGGCAAGUGCCAACGCUCCCGCUGCGACUGUCCGAGGGGGUGGGGGCUGAGGUGUGCUUUAAGAGCAGUUACAGUGAAGACGAGCACGAGGAGCCCUCGCGCCUUUAAACCACUCCCUCCCUCCUUGCCUCCUCCCUCCUCGCCACCUCGCCUCCUCCUUCCUCGCCACCUCGCCACCGACCUCCACCACCGACUCUGACCGAGGGCAAAUCUUAGGAACUCAGUGAAUGUUGACCUGUAUUUAUGAGCUGUAUUAAAAUUGUAUUAUAACUAAAAAGAAAAAAGUAUGAGUUUAAAGAUUUUGUACAUUUGUACUUGAAUUUAUGUCUAGAUGUAUAUUUUCACUAAAGGUUGUAUUGUACAAAAAGCCAUAAAAGUACCACUUGAAUGCAUACAUAACAUUUUUUUUUUUUUUUUUUUUUGGAAUGAGUUUGGAAAAAUGUGUGUUAAGGAGUUUUUUUAAGAAGCACAGAACCAGGAGUUUUUUUUAUUUUAUUUCUCAAUGUAGCAUAAGGCCUUUUGUUUUUUCUAUGUGCUGUACGUUUGUUAUCGUUGAUUUGGCAAAAUGUGACGUGUUGUUAGUACAUCAAUUCACCGACUCACUAAAGCUAACCCCUUAGCCUCCAUGCCCCUCCGAGCGGUCUUCAGUAGAUCUCUAUAACACAUGGAUUGGAGCGAUCCUGUGGUGACAAAUCUAAUCAGAGGCAGCCAUGUUGUCGCCGGGCUGCUUAAACCUAUCCGUUUGUUUCCCAGAUUCACACCUCGUCCAACUUCUUAGGUGGAAGGAUUCAAGUGGUUGAUUUGGAAUCAUGCGCCAUGAUAAUUCAUGCCCUGCAGCUCUGGUUGUAAUACUGAACUGGUAUGUACUGUAUGGAUGGCUUCUAUUGGUAUUAGGCUGCUAUGUGGAUACUAGCAUUAGCAAACAUCGCUCACCUCUAGGUGCCUAGAGAUAAGCGCUUCUAGCAGAGACGGCAUGCAUCUCUUGUCUGACAAUCUCUUAGUCAACAGGUACAACACACUAAAUAAUCAUCACCGUUUAGUCAAUCAGUUUAAGUUGCAUGUCAUGAAACUGGAUUUCGUUUCUGGCCUUCCACUCGUUUUUUAAGCUCAAAGUGACCAAGGGUCCAAUCCCUAUUAGAUUCUGGAUUCUUCUGGAAAUAAUGUUACAAUAUUGACAAUGCUGUCCUUUUAUAAAUCUUUAGCUCCGUUUUGUUUUCCACUUUUGUUUUUUGUCAUUCUUAUUGAAUGAUUACAGAUCCAUAUGGGCUCGUCUUAUAUUGGUGCUGUUUACCUGUUGAUCAUAGAUUACGUGAUGCUUGUCAAGCUAGAAGACCCCGCCCCAUGUCAUUAAUCGGCUAUAUCUGAUCAUUCUAGGAAUAGCUGGGCUGAGAAAAGAGAAUUAUCACCAUUUACUACUUCACCCAGAUCUUGUAUGUUGCUCUUCCAUAGGAAAGACUUAACAACUGAUUGCAUGUUCUUAGACAGGCCAGGGAAGGGAAAAAUUAGCUUUCGACACCUGCCUAUAUACCUAUGUACAGGAAAUCUUAACAACUCGCAUAAUCCCAUUUUGUGCACUUUUAAAUACACAUGGAACAUUCUUCAAAAAUCAGCUGGUUUAUGGACGAGCUGAUUUUAUGACAUCCUGGAUUGUAUCAGGAUUUAUUAUGAUUAGCAAAUGUAUGUGCCCUUUGUAGGUCAGAGACACGUUAGCUAUUUUGAAAUUGAAUUUUUCUUGAGACAAACCUAUUUUACCCCCUCCUUUGUUUUAAUGCUGUGAAUAUCUGAACUAGACUCAUUAGCUUUGUGUGCAUUUAUAAUACUGUAACUAUAUACAACUUUUGUAACAUUUGCCUAAUUAUUUAAAUGCAACCUGACCCCAAUUCUAAAAAAAACAAGUUUGCCAACCCCAUUGCAAUGUUAUCCAUCAGGGUUUUAGCGGCCCACAAAGUGUUGAUUCUCUGCAUCAUGUGAACACUGUUAUCCUACAAUCACCAUCGAUGAAUGCAUUAACCCAAGCAACUCUGACUCGUUGCACAUGACAUGGAAACCUUGUGAGGCAAGCAAGGUUUUAUGAGUAGAAAACAAAGUGCCACCUUCUGUUAUAUUGACGAUUUGCGAUGUACAGCUGAAGACUCGUAGGGUUGGUUUGGCGAGUUCACAAGCUUUGUCUCAACCAGCACAUUCCAUAACCAGAUCAGGAAGAACACAAAUGCAUUAAUCCUCCGUGGUUUGUCCUCACUUGAGUUUUCCCGAGUAUCUUUGUUUUUUUUUAUUUCAUUUUUUUGUUGUUCUCAGGCACAUUUCAGAGCCAACUUCUCUGGCAAAUGUAGAUUUAUGCCUUUAAUAGGUCUUCGCCUCAGAAAACCUUGUAAAAAUACAUCUUUCUAACAUUUAACCUAUACGCUUUCACAACCAGGAGAGAAAAAAAUAAUAUUUUCCAUCCAAAUAGCAGUAAAGAAAUGUUUUAGUUUUAUUGCACUAUGGUGUGUAUUGACAAUGACUAUAGGUUGUGUCUUUUAACCUGUUGCCAACGAUACCAAAAGCAUCAUUUAUACUUUUUCCUUUCUCACUCUGAUGAACUUAAUGCAGAAAGACUCACGCCUUUUUAUUGUACGUGCCAACGACCAACGUUUCGUUCCGACCCCGCCCUCCUCAUUCGACCGGGUUCUCUCUCAUCCACUCUGAGUUUCCCAGAGCAUCAAAGGAACUUUGAAAAGCUGAACAGUUUUGAAUGUCCACACUAAGUGCAUUGCAAUGCCUGUUUUAAAAAAAAAAAAAAAGAGAAAAAUACCUAUGUUUUUAUAACUCAAAGCAUGUAUCGGUUUGUAAUACUACAGGUUCCUUGUACAUAUAAUUGAUCUUCUAGUGCCAACAUACCACACUGGUAUCUAAAGGACGACUUUAUAGCUAGAAGGGUGGCCCGCAGAACCCGACCCUUUCUGAGUAGAGUCUGACGUCUGACCCCCCCCCCCCCUUCCAGAACUGGCGAUGUCUGCUUCCCAAACGUGGUUAACACUCGGAGUAACGGGAAACUUAUGUUUUGCUGGAGGAACGUCAGAGGGUGCCUUGUAAAGUGAGGUCUAGUUCUGGGCGGACGGCCGUGAUGCUGUGCGUUGGUGGGACGUUUCACUGAGUCCAGGGACGUCACAUCGAGGGACGUCCAGGGAGGGGGGGGGGGACAUCAGAUGUUAUUCACACAAAAGGGUCUCUCCUUAGUUUCUUCUUCUUUUUGUAAUUGUACAGUCAUAUUGUUCAACCACUGCAGUCAUUGUAAUUCUUGUACAAGUUGUAUCACUGGUUGUUGUACCAUAUCUGACAUUUGUAAUUAAUUAUGAAAUAAUACACUGCCGUUUGUAUAAAAAAUACAUAGGUCCCCUGGUUUUAUUUGUGUCGUGUUUACCUUUUGAUGUUUUUGUGGUGCGAGGGAUAGGAAACUAUUAUAAUCACACAUUUUUCAACAAAAAUAUUUUGUUGGUCUCGGGCACAUUUCAGAGCCAACUUCUCUGGCAAAUGUAGAUUUAUGCUUUGAUAGGUCUUCUCCUCAAAAAACUUGUAAAAUACAUUUUUCUAACAUUUAACCUGUAAGCUUUCACAACCAGGAGAGAAAAAUAAUAUAUUUUCAUGUUUACAUUUGAUGUGUUUGUUGUUGUAAGGUUAGGGAACUAUUAUAGUCACACAUUUGGUAUAUUUUAAAAGGACUGGGUUCAAUCCCGAAUGUCUUCAGACAUUAUAUAUUGAUUUAUUAAGGAUCUCUGUUAUAAACAACUCAUAGGAUAGGAGAACACUUUAUUAACCCCAAAGACAUUCUGGUGUUGUCUCAGCAUAAAAUGACAAGUCAAACAAGUAUAUAUAGGAUGGAUGAGGGAACACAUAACAAUAUACAUUUAUUAACUUAACACUCACCUAUAUAUAGGUUACAAUGCAUAUUAUACAAUAAAAAUUAUAAAAGGCUAAACCAAUCCAAAUCCCUGUUGACUUAAUGAGGGCAGUAAUUGCAGUUACCGCAGUGGACCACAUGAGCACUGAAGUCAAAUGUAUUUGCUUUUCAUUUACUUUGUCCGUCUGCCUUCAAGUAAGUAAUUAAAUCUAGUCAAUCGCUGAAUCUAGAGAAUGUAGAUGUAGAUGCUUUAGCAAAAAUAGCAAAAAUGCUUUAAUGAGUUAAUUAAAGCAGCUUUCUAGCUUGAUUCAAAUCUAAUAAGGACCGAAAUCAUUAAACAACUGUCCAUGGCUAAA